AUGGCUCUCAACUCUGCAUAUACAAUUAUUUGGCUCGAUGUUCAUAUUGGUUCCAAAGCUAAUUGUCGACAAAUGAAGAAAGACUUCGAGGUUGGUCUUGUAGAAACAGCAGCUGUACCACCACUUCCACAUGACCCAAUCGAUGAUCUUAUAUGUGCCGUACGUGAAUAUAGUGCACCAAUCCAAUUUGCGGAUACAACAAAUGAUGCAUUAAAUCUCAUAGAAAAUAGUGUGACUUAUAAUAAAAAAGUUAUAUUAAUCUCAUCGGCAACAUUGGGAAAAGAAAUUGUUCCUGAAAUUAACAAACAACAAUUACCAAUUGAAUCAUACUAUGUUUUCUGUGGAAAUAUAGAAAACAAUCGUGACUGGGGUAGUGAAUGUAUCGAUAAUGGUUUGGAUAUACAAAUGUUCGAUCAUCAGACAACUCUAUUGAUAAGACUCUGUCGAGAUAUGAGCAAGAUAUUAAAAAAAGAUGGAAUAGCUGUAUUGAAUGCAAAGAAACCUGAAUUUGCUUUGAAAUAUUUUGAAUUUGCUUAUGCACUUGCGGAAAAGGCCGUUGAGUAUGAUACACCUACCGAUUCUUCUGAUAAACAUCAUCCAUCUACCGAACAUCGACAAGAAUUAAAUUCUUUGAUGGCAAAAGCAAAACAAGAUAUGAAAUAA